AUGGCAGCAUCGCAAGAUAUCCCUGCGGGGAUGGAAAAUUUUGUCGUCGGCUUGAUUGGCAUGGGCGACAUGGGACGCAUGUACGCCGAGAAACUGUCCGAAGCUGGCUGGAGAAUCCUGGCAUGCGACAGAGAAGAUAGAUAUGAUAGCCUGAAAGAAAAAUAUUCUGCCAAUAAAAACAUCGAAAUCUGCCGCAACGGCCAUCUCGUCUCCCGCGCGAGCGACUACAUUAUAUACAGCGUCGAAGCUGCCGUGAUUGACAAUGUCAUUGCCAGCUAUGGACCUUCAACCAAGAUGAGCGCCAUUGUCGGCGGCCAGACGUCGUGCAAGUCGCCCGAGAUUGCCGCCUUUGAGAAGCACCUCCCCGCCGACGUCGACAUUGUGUCGUGCCACUCCCUGCACGGGCCCAGCGUCGACCCCAAGAACCAGCCGCUCGUGCUCAUCCAGCACCGCGCGCCCGACGCCUCCCUGCACAAGGUCGAGGCCGUGCUGCGGUGCCUCAACUCCAAGUUUGUGCACCUCACCGCGCGCGAGCAUGACCGCAUCACCGCCGACACGCAGGCCGUCACGCACGCCGCCUUUCUCUCCAUGGGCAAGGCCUGGCACGCAAACACCCAGUUCCCGUGGACCAUGAGCCGCUACGUCGGCGGCAUCGAGAAUGUAAAAGUCAACCUGAUGCUGCGCAUCUACAGCCAAAAGUGGCACGUCUACGCGGGGCUCGCCAUCCUCAACCCGGAGGCCCGCGAGCAGGUCGCGCAGUACGCGCGCAGCGUGACGGACCUCUACAAGCUCAUGCUCGUCGGCGACCUCGAUGGCCUGCGGACGCGGCUCUUUGCCGCGCGCGACAAGGUCUUUGGCACCGCGGCGUGGGGCGGCGACGGCGGCCGCCCGCUCAUCGAGCCCUCGGUGCUGUCGAGCUUCGCGCUCGGCCAGCCGUCCGACGACGACCCGCCGCGCGCCAACAACCACCUCUCGCUGCUGGCCAUGGUCGACUGCUGGGCGGCGCUCGGCAUUGUGCCCUACGACCACAUGCUGUGCAGCACGCCGCUGUUCCGCCUGCGCCUCGGCGUGACCGAGUACCUGUUCCGUACGCCCGCGCUGCUCGACGCCGCGCUCGUCACCGCCGUCGAGGACCAGACGUACCGCAGCGACGACCUCGAGUUCACGUUCGCGGCGCGCGCGUGGGCCGAGUGCGUCAGCCUCGGCCACUUUGAGACGUGGCGGAAGCGCUUCGAGAGCACGCAGGAGUUUUUCGAGCCGCGCUUCGCCGAGGCCAAGGUCGUGGGCGACCAGAUGAUGAAGAAGGUGUUUGAGAGCAGCAAGCCGUGA